CCUCCCAUGUUUCCAUCCUCUCCCCUUCCGACCUUAAAAAGUUCAUCAAUUCAUCAAUUCUCCCAACCCCGCCCUCCGUAACAUCCUUAUCAUAAAAUUGGCUGGGGUUUUGACUAUGGUCUCCGAGCAGAAUAAUAGUGUCGGCCAGUCGAAAAAUGUGUGUGUUAUCGGGGCAGGACCGUCAGGGCUAGUCGCGGCUCGGGAGCUGAGGAAAGAAGGGCAUAGCGUGGUUGUCUUGGAGCAGAACCACGAUGUCGGCGGGCAAUGGCUCUAUGAACCAAAUGUGGAAGGGGAGGAUCCCUUAGGGAGCUGGAACUCACCAAACCCUGACUCCCAUUUCCUUAAGGUCCAUAGUAGCAUCUAUGCCUCCCUUCGGCUCACGUCCCCGAGGGAGAUCAUGGGGUACAGCGACUUCCCAUUCGUGGUGAAGAGAGGCAGGGACGCGAGGAGAUUCCCGGGCCACCAUGAGCUCUACCGGUACCUUAAGGAUUUCUGUGACUGGUUCGAGAUCAGGCCGAUGAUACGGUUCAAUACUAGGGUUGAGUACGUGGGGAUGUUGAACUAUGGCGGGGUCGGGAAAGACCUGAGGUGGGUCGUGAGGAGCUGCGAGAAGAAAAGUGAGAAGGUAAUAGAGGAGGUGUUCGACGCGGUCGUGGUGGCAACCGGCCAUUAUUCUCACCCUAGGAAGCCUUCAAUCAAAGGAAUGGAUGCAUGGAAAGGGAAGCAAAUGCAUAGCCACGUUUACCGAGUCCCCGACCCAUUCCGCGAUGAGGUUGUCGUGGUGGUUGGGAAUUCACUUAGCGGCCAAGACAUAUCAAUGGAGCUGGUGAAUGUAGCAAAGGAAGUCUACCUCAGCGCCAAAUCAACAGAUAACAUUUCUCAAGGAUUGUCCAAAAUCAUCUGUAAACACCACAAUUUGCACCUUCGUCCCCAAAUAGAGUCGCUUAGAGAGGAUGGAAAAGUAUUAUUUGUGGACGGUUCUUGGGUCAUUGCCGACACUAUCUUGUACUGCACCGGGUAUUCGUAUUCCUUCCCAUUCCUUGACACCAAAGGAAUAGUAGUUAUCGAUGAUGACAGAGUGGGUCCCCUCUUCGAGCACACCUUCCCCCCUUCUCUCGCCCCUUCCCUCUCCUUCGUUGGCAUCCCUAGAAAGCUGAUAGGGUUCCCAUUCUUCGAGUCGCAAGGGAAGUGGAUAGCUCAGCUGCUAGCCGGGAAGAAAACGCUGCCGACAUGGAAUGAGAUGAUGCAGUCGAUCAAGGAGUUCUACAACUCCAAGGAUGCUGCUGGCGUCCCUAAGCACAACACUCACGAUCUUGCUUUUUCUGCUUUUGAGUACUGUGACAAGUACGGGGAUUAUGUUGAGUUCCCUCACCUGGAAGAGUGGAGGAAGUCGCUGUGUGUGUCAGCCCUGGUGAAGGCGGAAACCGACCUGGAGAUGUAUCGGGAAUCACGGGAUGGCGACGAGGAGUUGCUCCGGCAGGCUUUCCAAAGCCCUCACUUCACCCAGCUCGGGCCUCUGGACCCCACCCUCGAAGCUUACGGAUUCAACUAUUGAUAACAAAUCACGAAUCUGUAUCCUUAAGACACGGAAAACAAAGCAGUCGUUGUAUGGAGAUCAAUUAGUGUUUAGAAUCUCUUCCCGACAUAAGUUGAAAAUUUUUUGUUAUUAUUUCGAUCAGUAAAAAAAGAAAGAGGAACACUACUCCCAUAUAUGAUUCCACUCGUAUAUGUAUAUGUAUAUGUAUAUUUGAUCGUCCUCUCCGGUCCACAUAAUGAGAAUGCACGCCGCCUCGCGGCGGCUUGAUGGCUGCUUGCCUUGCUUCUGCAAA